AUGGGGAGCGAUCGUGAUGUGAAGCCAGAACGCAGAAGGUCUUUUUUCCUCUUUGGCAGCGUGAACUUGGGAAAAUCAGACUCAUCAGUCAAGUCAUCUCAUGCAAAGCAAUAUCAUUCCUCAGUAUCGAAGCAUGUUGCGGCGAAGGGUCCGCUGGAUAAGAAGCCUUUGAAUAGCAAGAAUCCAUUUGCAGACAGCUCCUCAAUUGCUCAUGCCAAGGUUACAUCGGAACGAAACACGGCAUCUGUCACCAAGCAUUCAUCGAAUGUAGAUCCUGACUCUCGAGAGCAAUCAAACAAAAAUGCUCUCCCUAGUGGCACUAGUUCCGUCCCGGUUUCGAAUGCAAGGUUGAGGGCUAGAAGGCCCCCGCCACCCAUAGAUAUGGAGUCGAUUAGAAUUCUUACUCAGACAGCCUGCCAGGAAAAUACGGGUAAGAACCUGAAUCAAACAAGCUCUGCGGAGGAGACCUUGAAAUCGGCCUCCCAUUCCCCUGCGAAGACUCCGGUGCCAAUCCAGAUAACUGCGAACCAGCAUAGACGACAAAGGUCAGAAGCUGAAAAAUUAGUGGACGAUUUAGAUGAGUAUAUCAAGCAACACGAGGAUAGCGGGCUGCUUGGUCCCGAAGCAGACGAAUCGAAAAGUUGGUCACAGGACGAUGUGGAUCAGGCAAGUUCUGAGCAUUCGAGUGGCGUACCCUCGGCAUGCGUGGAACCGCUCGACAUUUCUCUCCACGACAAGAGAAUUUCAGCUAUGAGCUUCCACGAAGGUCGAUCAGAGGUUGAAUCUGAACAGGAGGGCGACAGCUUCUCGUUUACGGACUCACUGAAUGACAAGUCUGUGAAUAGCAUCCAGCAAAUUGCUUUGAGUGAGGUCGCCGGGGCAGCGCCAGUAUCGAUGAAUUUGCAUUACGGCAAUCUGAGUGUUAGCUCUAGUAAUCACAGCGGGUUGCCCAUAAAAGCACCUGUAGCCGAUGAAAAUGGUUCAACUUCGAGCGAUGAUGAGUUCCAAGAGGUGGAACAGAAGUUUGCUUCCGGACUUCCGCUUGAUGAAACUUCAUCUGAGUCAGGAAGCAAGACGCCCAAGAGAGUAUUCCGAGUUGUCAACGAAGAUCGAGCUCGUUUUUAUUUUGACAAUGGAGACAACACAACAUUCAGUACAAGCGAUAAUACAACUGCUGACGAAGAAGAAGAUAAACAAGGCUAUCAGGAAGAUAGAUCCGAAUCAGAGACCAUGCCAAUGCUGCGACUGGAUCCGGGCCCGGAGGUAGAUAAAUUGCUCACACCAGUCAGUCGAGCCUUAAGCUAUUCUAGUUCCCAACACGGAAAUGCAGAUAAAAGCAAAUUGCAUCAACAAUUGGAAAACACUCUUGAACCAGACAAUCAAGCAACCUCCAAUGAACUUGACAAUAUUGGCUUGCUCUUAGAGGCAGGAGCUUUAACUGUUACGUCACAAGAGGAUAGUGGUAAUAUCGGUCAUCAGGCAAACACUUCCAUAAACCAGACCGCCGACCGCAGUAUCCAAAGCCUGAAGAGAGAGGACAGCAAUUGCACCGCGUCAACAACUUCUUCCAAACCGGAUAAGACUGUACGAUUGGUCUCUAGUUACGUUGAAGAACUAAGACUGAAAUACUACAGAUCGUCAAACUUUCUCGCAGCGCCGCCCAACCUACCAAUAUCGUUAAAACAGAAAAACAAUCUUAUUCAGCCUAAGAAUAUCAAAGUCAGAAUUAGGACUAGUUCGAAACAAAUUGGGAUUAAGCAUGGUGGGGCCAAGCAAAAACUACUUAGCUUAGAGACGGCAAAUGAGGACUCCAUAAACAGCUUUUCGAGCGCCAAGUUCAACAGCGGUACGAAUCGAGUCAACGUCGAUCAUACUAAAGAAUUUCACGAUUUAUUCGCCAAGGAAGGGCUGAUGGAUCCUUCCAGCAAAGCAAAUGAACCGGAAUUCCCGAAACACGACGAUGAUUACUACCUGGAAAAUAUACCAGGUGACGACGCAUACGACAGUGAUGAUGCCAUGGCUCCUUUACGGAAGGGCAGCAGUUCAGUCGCCCGAAACAACACUGCAGUAAGCUAUUAUACAAAAAAUCAAAGGAGGUUCAGAAGUGGGACGCUGGAUAACGGGUACGCUCACUUGCAAGAUUUACCCACCAACAUAACCGUUAAAGAUUACGAGGAUGAGGAAUCACUGAACGCAAAUGGUCCCGAAGACUCCAUCAUCAGCGAUGACUCCAGCUCAAUAACUCCGGCACUUUCCUACGGGAAUAGCCAGGGCUUACAUGUGGCGAACCCUGACGCCGAUUCAGAUUAA